AUGUCAAAACAUAUUUUCAGUGAAAAGAUUGACUACGUGAACCGCUUUGUCAAGAACCAUGGAAAGCAACUGAAGUUCCCCAGUUUCAUAUACAAUGAUGUCAAACUGCACCCUAAGCAUAAAGAUCAUAUUGUAGUCCUUUCUGAGACUAAACUUCCUGCCAAUAAGAAUAAGGAAGCAGGAUUGAACAAAAAGUUUAACAUGAAGCAUUGUAUGGAUAACAACUUCAUGUACAGCUUUGCUGGACUCCCUGAUGAUGAGAAAACUAAGGAUAUCUUCAAAGAAGAGAUUAUCAAUGCUGAGAAGGAAGUAGAGGAAGAAAAGGCUGCCAAAAACGUACCCAAAAAUCUCAAAAUCGGGACUGCAUCUAUAAAACAUUCAGCUCCACCUGUGGAGACCAAGAAGACUUCUUCACCUCACCUUGACAAUGCUGAUAAGCUUAUCGAAGAAACUAAGGGCAUGGGCUUGGGAGUUGACUCGAGUUCGGAAGAAGACUCUUACGAAGGAGGAGAAGAUGACAAGAAGAAAGGCAAAAAUAAAGAUAAGAAGGAAGAGAAUAAAGGUGAUGAUGACAGCUCAGUUGAGGUUCUGAGUGACCAAGAUGAAGAGAAGAGCGACCUCAAGGAUAAGACAGCUGAUGAGAUAGAGAAAGAAAUCGACUCUAUUUUGAAAGAAGAAUCUCAAGAUAAAAAGGACAAAUCUGAUCAUAAAGAAAAUGGCUCUGAUGAAGAAGAGGAAGAAAAGAAGUCAUUGCAAACCAAGAGCACAAAGAGCAUCCUUGAUAAAAAGAAAGAUUCGACCAUUAACGUUGAUGAAGAAAAGGAAACACUUGAAGGAAAUACCCUUGUUAAGAAAGAUGGUGAUGAAGAGACAAAGAAAGAUGAAGAUAAUGCCAACCAGGAGGAAGAAAAGGACUCAGAAGAUAAAGAGCUUAAAGAUGAUCGCCCAACCAAUGAUGACCAUUCAGAAGACAAAGAUAAUAAUGCUGAUGAAGAAGAGCCUGAAAAUAAGCCUGAAGAACCAAAAGAGCCGGAAUUGACAAUGACAGACAGAUUUAAGAAUCUUCCUGAAGAAUUUAAACAGAAGGUGGUUAAUAACACAAUUGAUAGAUCUACUCAGAAGCAUCAUGAUAAAUUUAAGUAUCAUUACCAUGGCUACAGCCCAUUCCCUGCCGGCCCAAACAACUCGAAUCAAGGAUACGAGGCUGGAAAAAUUGCAAAUGAGAGAUUUGCAGUGAAGACCCCAACUGAAGAAGAUACGGAGAAGCCAAAAUACGAAACGGUAACAUACUCUGAAUCAGAUUACCUAAAUUUCAACCAAGAUUGCACAUUUGAGGGCGUCUCCUACGAAUCUGAGAUACUCAGGAAUAAGUACCAGAUCAGUCUGUGGAGGUGCGAUCAAUUCACCUGUGUGAAGACCAAGUAUAAUUACUUCUUGGACAACUCAACUGGGUCAAGUCUGAAGAAGGAUAAGGACACAAUUGACAAGAUUAGAGAACAUAAGGAAUACAUGCUUAAUAGGACAAAAGACCAAAAAUUCCAAGGUUUUCAGAUCCAAUUCUCUCUAGAUAAAGAACAUAUUGUGUUAGUUGAAAAAUUUGCAAAGAAUCUCAAAAGGCAACUAGUGAUACUUCUAGAUGCCUACACUCUCGAAGUUGUUGAUGAGCAUCUUGUUAAUUACUCUCUUGAUCAUAUUUCAGGGCUAGAUGUAGAAGCAGAUGAUGAAGAGGAUUAUGAUGAUGCAUGGGCUGAAUACAACACAUUUAGACAUAUUCCUAAUGUCAUCGUUUGGAAUAAAGGAAGAUACAUCAUGGUGGGUCAAACUCUUGAUAAAGCUGUGAGUAUCUUUCAGUAUGAGAUACUUGACACUAAGGAAGACAAGCAUUAUGUAAUAUCUAAGGAAGACCAUAAGAGCUGUUUCUUUGUUGAUUUCAAAGUCAGUCCUGGCAAUACUGAUGUUUUAUAUGUUGGAGGAUAUGAUAUGACCAACACACAUUUAUACGAAUUCAAUAUUAAAGAUGAGUCAAUUAAAGAGAUUUCGAAAGGAACUUCUACCAACACCAGGCCUACUCUCUAUUAUCUUGAUGAAUCUUGUGCGAGGCAGUUCCAUUCUAGAGUGGGAACCAACGACAAGGAUAGAAAUGUCUGUAGGAUCUAUACAACCGCCACAAAAGGAGAUAUUGAGAUUGAUUUUGCUUCAAACAAAGGAAACUACACUGAGUAUAAAUCUCAAUUCAUGGGUAAAGUCGAUGGCAAUAACUUUGUUGGAAUGGAGUAUAACGACAGAAAUGAAUUAUGUGUGAAAGUCACAGGUCAGAUCAAUUUCGAAAAGACUCUUUCAGACCUUGAUUCACAACUUGAAAUAUCUAAGAUUAAGGAUUAUGGUAUUUGAAAUAAUAAUGGAGUGAUGAUAAUCUCAAAUGUCACUCAAUCUUCCUUUGAUGUUGUUUUUGUAAGAAAUAAAGAAGGGAACACAACAAGAAGAUAUCCUAUCAAAGAGACGACCUUUAUUUACUUCUAUUACCCAGCUGUUGUUUUAGUUAAGGGAGGUAUGGAAGUUUUGGCUUACAGUAUUCCUGAAGAUACCUAUUACUAUUAUCCAUUGAAAGCUCCUAUAUUGUUCCAAUCAUCAAUGACGACCUCAUAUUAUGAUAUAAGGAUUAAAGUAUUUAUUGAUCUUGGAGAUUACCUUGCUUAUGCAGAGUACACAUUUUAUCUUGGAACUACUUCUAGUUCAGGAACAGUUUUCAAGAGAUACCUAGAGAAGGCGAAUUUCCCAGACUCUCCGCUAAUAACUGGUUUUGAUACAAUGCAAUGUAAAUUCGGAACAAAAGAAGAAGACUCUUAUAUUUUGCAAUUCAAAGAUUUCGUUUAUUAUGCUGGACUGCUUACUUAUGGACUUCAAAGCACAGUUGAUUCCAAAUUUGAAAAAGGAGAAUUAAUGGCAAUCGCAGGAGAAGGUUUUUUGACAUACAAGAGAGACAAGAAAUCCCUAGAAUUUUACAACCGGCCAAGCAACUUGGGAGAUAUAAACUCUUCAUACAGUUUGUAUGAAUCACAAGACUAUAUAAAAAGAGUCCAAGCAGACUAUGACUCCUACAACGGCUACUACCACAUCAACAUUGCCGAUGAAGUCAAGUACCUCAAACGAUACAAGUUUGACACUUCCAAAGACAAACGCAAACUCACCAUUGCUGACGAGUUCUUUGUCCACAGCAGUUUCGAUGGAAGCAAGAACUUUAGGUUUACCAACAAAAUGGUUUACGAAAACGGAACAGAGGCUUACUUGUGCCAGAAGAGAGGUGACGAACUUGAAGGCUCAGGCGCCACCAUCAGUCCUCUGAUUGAAGCCAUCGACACUUACGAAGUGACCGACGAGUACCCUCUACAAUCACAAAGAUGGCUUCUGAUUUACGGGCCGCUCGCACAAGACGACAACGAAGAUGACGACGGAGCUGGGUCUUAUUAUACAGAAGAAGAUGACGACACUGUAGGCAAGAACGGAUAUGGGGCAAUUUUAUUGCCAGAAUAUAAUCAACCAAAAGUUCAGAUUCUUCCUCCAAACGAUGUUUCAUACUAUAAAGCAGAGUACUUCUUUUAUCAAAAUAAUAAUUAUAUGGUUUAUCAUAAACAAUCAUAUAACCACAAUGACCAUGUAAAGAUCGAUAUAUUCUGAAGAAAUGGGGAUGUUUACCAAAACUUGAAACUUAAGCUUCAUAAUUGUUAUGACCACAGCUAUGCCAAAAUUAUAUUAUCUCCUUCAGGUAGAUACAUAUUUUAUGUUGAAGAAGACAAAGAUGACCCAGAAAUUUCAUGGGGUAAAACAGUCGAGCUAAGUCUGAACCCCGAAACAAAGGAAUUCUACCUCAAAGAAGUCUCCAAAAUGGACUUUACUAAAGCUUACGAAAAGAAAGCCUCGGACGUCAACACUUACGACUACUACGGAGGCACCGAGUUGUACCUGACUGACAGGAAAGAACUCAUUUACAUUCACAAGUCCGAAGGCAUUAUAAAGUUCGAUGCUCAGCAAGUCGACAAGAAGCAGUUCGAAGGCAAGUUCGGCAAAGAUCCCUACGACAACACACGGGACCGCACUCUCAACGAUGUCAACGUCAGAGCCAAGAAUGGAGGCGUGGCUGUCUACACCGAAGAAGAAUGCUGGUUCAUCAGAUAUGAUUCGCGUGAGAAGAAGAUUUAUCCCAUGGAGAGAAUCAACUUCCAAAUCAACAAAGGCCAAAUGACGAUCAACCAAAUCUGAGCCUGUCUGGAUCCAAACUCGGUUGUGAUCGACUUCAUCAAGGACUAUACCCACCACCUGAUCUUGGUCUGGAACAUCGUGGACAACAAGGAAACCCAGAACUUCUCGACUUCGAAGACUUUCUAUCACAUAAACGGGUACAGAAGCAAGGCUGGCUUCAUCCUGAACGGAGAUACUUACGUGAACUUAGAUACUGGGCUCAUCAACUACUUCUUCGAGUACGACUUCGUAAACCAAGGCAUGUAUGAGCAGAAGGGAGGCCUCCGCAUUAGCAAAAACGAAGACCUCGUGUUAGACUAUGGGUGAGUGAUCACUAAAGAAACCCUCAUCGAAGUGUACUCACUCGAAGACAUUGUGCGCUACGACGACCACAUCACUGAAGACAACAUCAGUCUCGAACGGAUCCGGUUCCAAGUUGAUGGAAGCACGUCUCUGCACUACUAUGCACUCGAGUACGACACACUGAAGCUGAUUCUAGACUAUAUGGAGACCCAUCGACACGAGUACCUUACUGGAAUCCUCAUGAAGAACAACAGAGGAAAGUCUCCGUUGGACAUCACGCUUGACAACGAAAGUCCCAAGAACACAGAGCUGCUGCUUCGGAAGCUAUCAUUGUUCAGCAACUCGAGUCUGUCUGCACUGUUCUACGACCGGUUCAACGAGCUGUUAUCGAUGAGCAUCACGGCGUUUCACGAGUACUUGGACUCUUGUUACUUCCAGACUAUCCAAAUGAAGAACAUCAAGUACCUGAAGCUGAAGGACCAGAGCGACCCUCUCCUGGUGCCUCACUCAAGCUGUCUCAUUGAUGAAGUCUUUAUCGACAAGUACUGAGAUACCAAGGAGAAGAAAGAACUUGAAGAAGCCAAGAAGAAGAAAGAGCAAGAAGACAAAGAACGAGAAGAACAGAAGGCCAAACAAGAAGAGCAGAACCAACUCCCUGAAAACGAAAAAGAGCAAGAAGACGACAUCGACGGAAACAAAAACUCCAUCGUUGACAAAGAUAGCGAAGACGAAAUGCUCAAUGAAAUUGCAGUCGCCAAACCCAAGACCAAAGAAGAACUCGAAAAGGAAAAGGAGCGCAGAAAACAGAAGAGACUCGACAUCAGAGCCAUCGAGUUCGACUGGAUUUUCAACAAGAACGAAGGAGUCGACUUCUUGCGGACUCUCUACAACAUUGAAGGAACUGAACUGUUUUCGUUGACUCUUGUGAGGCACAUCAUUAGGUUCCUCUGGAGCUACUACAGGACCUACAUCGUGAUUUUCUUGUUCAUCCCUUACAUGGUAUACAUCACUCUGUUCGUACUCUACUCGACUUGGAUCCACAAAAGCAAAGUCGACGACGGAGCUGGAGAGUGGGAAGGAUACGGACUCGCUAACACUCUGAGCGUAAUCUGUAUAAUGCUGUUCAUUCUGUACUUCUUCUACUACGAAGUCAGGCAGAUCCUCUUCCACAAGCUUGACUACUUCAUGUCGUUUUGGAAUAUGGUUGAUCUUGUGUCGCUCAUCCUCAACAGCACCAUUUGCAUCUGAGAUGUGGCUGGACUCAACGAGCAAGACCUCAACGUCCUUAUGAGUUGGGCGGUGUUGUUCAUGUGGCUCAAAGUGUUUUACUUCGGAAGGAUCUUCAAAAGCACUGCAGCCUUGAUUACAAUGGUCAUUGAAAUUACGAUAAACAUGCAGUCGUUCUUGUUCGUGUUCAUUUUAUCUGUGGCAGGUUUCGGAAACUGCUUUAUGAUAAUGGCAAGGAACUAUGGAACAGAUGACCCGUUCACUGGCCACACGUACUGGAGAGCGUUUAUUUACUCGUAUAACCAAGCCAUGGGCAACUUCGACACAUCAGCUUACGUAGAUGACGACAAGUACUACUUAUUCCUUAUCUGGUUCUUGAACACAAUGGUGACUCUGAUUAUAUUCUUGAACUUGCUGAUUGCAAUCAUGGGGGACAUUUUCGACCGAGUCCAGGAAGCACAAGAGAACAACACUCUGAAAGAAUUUGCAGGAAUCAUGAUAGAGAACGAGCUGUUGCUUAACAGAAAGAAGGUCUUUAAAGAUUCAAAGUACAUCAUUGUUAUCCAAGAAGAAAAGGCAGACGAGAGCACUGCUUCUUGGGAAGGUAGGCUCCAAUACCUCAAAAAGACAAUGGACAGGGCAGUUCUUCAACAGAAGAAACUGUUAGAUAACCUUGAAAAAUCAAUCAGCUCAACUAUAAAAGAGAAAACUGAGAAGAGAGCUAAGGAUCUUGAAAGCGGUGCUCAGAAAUACUUUACCAUGAUCUUUGAGAAAGCUGACAUCAUCCAAAACUUGCUUAAGAGAGAUGAAGAAGAAAAAGAAGAAUAA